AGGCACCAUGUGAUGACAGUUACGGUGAAGUGCGACUUAUUGACAGUGAUAAAACUUCACAAAUCCUGUGGCACGGACCCUCAGGAAGUCCGGGAGCGGGCCACGGUCUUGCAGACAAAAUUUGAAGACCACGUUCAUUCCAGCGAGGGCACUCUCCGGUGGGCAAAGAAAGCACUGCAGUCUUUCCUUUGUGCCUACACCACCUAUCCCAGGAACCUCAAGCACAUCUUCCACAUCAAAUCUCUCCACCUGGGUCACGUGGCCAAGAGCUUUGGCCUGAGAGAUGCCCCCCAGAACCUGACUGCUCGUCCAACUGCAGGCUCCAAGAAGAGAACCAAACCAAGACCGAAAAGGUCUGACCUUCUCAAGAAGACCCACGGCAAACAUCGCCUCGCUGAGAUCUUGCGAUCUGAAUAUUCCAGCGGGAUGGACACUGGUGUAUCCAAGGUCAAGAAGAAGAAAAGACAGAGAAAAACUGGCAACCAGCAGAUUCCAACAUAAGCCGGGACCUUCCAGUCAUUGGCUGCAAAAACCCUGCUUGAGUGCCUCAGCCGGGGGUCAGGGUGACCUGCCAAAUCAGCUGAGGAGUGGUUCAAUUUAUCAGGCAAAUAUGGGAGGGAUCUCGGGGAUCUUGGCCUCCUCCCCUUCAUUCCAUAGGUCCAAAUGGAAUCGAAUCCAGGCGUGUCCUGUUGCACGGCUGCCAUUAAAUGUGGCUUCCUGAAGACGUGCCACAUUUCUAAGGUGAUUUUUUUGCAAGAAAAAUAAA